AUGUUCCUCUACUUCUUUACUUCUAUACUUCUAUACUUCUAUACGUCUAGUAGACCACACCUCUUCUACUUGAAAGCAAACAUAGCCAAACCCAAAGAUUUUGAGAUCCCACAGGACUCACACAGGGAGGGAAAAAAUGACGUCCACGAGAUAGACGACAUCGCCGACCAAAAGCUGGAGAACCUCAACGAGGCCGCUAUGAACGCAGAGUUGGCCCAGCUGGAGGAGCAACUUAGUGCAUUCCCCACGCCGCGCUUUAAUUUGAAGAUGUCUAACCCGAACAGUCUUGUUAAUGCUAGUAUGCCUCUUGGUGUUGUGGCUGGUGCUUUGAUUCUCUCGCCUGCCAAUGAGUUCCUUGAUCGGUACUGGGCUAACUGCAUGCUGCCCGGCUUCUUCAUUGGUCUCGUUCUCGUCGGUGGUAUGACCGCUGCCGAUGCCAACUUGUUCCUAUACUCCUUCAUCGGUUUAUAUAGCUUCUCUCGCAUGAUGGAGUCCGUGACGCGGAUUACUUUGAGCCUUGGUUUCUAUGGUGGUAUUGCUCUUCUAGGCUGGGUUUAUCAGAAAUUCUUUAUGCCCGAGACUAAGAACAAGUCUCUUGAGGAGAUUGAUGAGCUCUUCUCGUUGCAGACUUCUGUUCUUGUCAAGCGUGACAUGAAGCAGACUGCUCAGGUUAUUCGGAAUUUGUCGCGUUUUCACUUGAGGGUCUUCUCGUCGGAGCCUCACAAAUAG